GAUCAAGGGCAACUCAUCAGGUCAGUACAUCUGAUAUUCCAACCUACGUAAGUUGAAAUCAACUACUUUUUCAUGGCUGUGGAACUACAAGGUCGAACAAAAGACCCCUUUCAUCGCGAACAUUGCGACCAGCCUAGUCAUCCCUUCUUUUAUUGAUGAUAUCUUGUGGCGUUGGACGACUCUUUGUUGGAGUGGCACACGAUCGUAGCUACUGUGUGUUCAUGACAUGCAUGAUACAAUCCAUCUCCCUGCCUAUAUAAGAGACAUUUAAGAUGUCACAUCCUCAUUAGUAUCAUCAGCAUGCCUUCCGCGCUUACCUAUCCUCUUCCCGUUCUCCCUUCCAUCCCAGACGAUCUCGAGAAUCUCGACGCACGCCAUGCUUUACCUCAUUUGAUGGCACUUAUGAAGAAUACCCUCAUUCGUGGUCUGAAUCGCGUUCAUGCUUGUGCGCCUCUUGUCCUCAUCGGCCACCCCGCUGUUCUGCAUUUCCUUGAUUACGUGCGCUCGCUCCUCGUGCAAUUGGAUGUGCACCUCGAGGAGGAUGCCACUUUUUUCUCCGGCAGCGCGCUGGCAGAGAUCGCAUCAAGCGAAGCUAACCCUGAUACUCAAACUAUCAGAGAACGCAUAAUUUCGUUGACGAGUUUGGUGUCGACAUGGAUUAAGGAUGAGUCCACUUACUGUUCGAGUGCUCUAUGCGAGGGACUCUCGUUUGGACCUCUGCUGGUCUCCCUUAUGCAUGCACAGAUUGGGGUGCUUACCCCCACGCUGCUCAGCUCGAUUAUCUCCCACUCGGACCUUCUUGAAUUGAUUACAGGCAGCGUCGGUCGUAUCAGUGAACGCUCGGACAUGACCUUCUUGCUUCCUUUUGUUUUGUCGCAUCACGAUCGUACUACCUCUACCCAUUGGCCCAGGAUUCCCGAAGGUUGUUCCGAGAUGUUAACAACCCUUAUUCUCAAUCAUCCUGGCUGCUGGCAAUUCGCGCCAUUCAAUCCUCUCACCCAUGAGACUCAGAACUUAAUCGCCAUAUCUGCUUAGCUCCCUUCAAGAUUUUCUUUAUUCAUUUAAAUUCCCCCAUUUGAUCAGGCCUACAUACUUGGAGGCAAAAUCAAAUUUAUCAAGCCGCGUGGAUAACAUCACUUCAUCGAAAUCAAGCAACACUCGAUGAAGAUUGUAGAACAGUUUGAACGUAUAAGUAUAGGUAUAUGACUACAUCAUACACGAUCCCGAUGCGAUCGUCGUAACAUGCAGAUAUAGCUAGUAUAAAGUGAUCCCUGCGUACUUGAGAGCCAGGC